UCUCCGCUGCGUUUUUCUUCACGCACACUCGCGGAGCUGCUUUUUACGCGUGGUUGGAUGGUUUUCGGCUCCCCCGUCUGCGGCGCUGUAUACCACCUGCACCGCUCCUGGCUCAGGCUGCAGCAUCGCUCCACAUUCCUGUGAACUGGACCUCACUCAGUCCAAAAGGUGCAGCAGGAUGCUGGGUGUACUGCCUGUGUGUGGACUGCAGCCCCUGCUGGCCCUCCUUCUGCUUCAGACUGCAGUCUGUGGUGUGACCAGUGCCGAUACUGUGGUGAAUAUGCGCAAAGUGACCCAUCAGACCAUAAGCGAGGAGCUAUCCAAGACAGUUCUCCUCCCCUGCCUCUUCACACUCCGCCCCAGCUCAUCCCAUGAACCCCCCAGGAUCAAGUGGACCAAGGUCUGGGGCCAAAGAGGCUCUGACGGCCUGCAGAAGGAACAGUCCGUCCUGGUGGCCAAGGACAAUGUGGUCAAGGUGAAGAAGGCCUUCCAAGGUCGUGUAACGUUGCCUGGUUACAGCAUCAAUCGCUACAAUGCCAGUCUUGCUCUGACUGGGCUGCGUUCCAGUGACUCUGGUUUGUAUCGCUGUGAGGUCGUGGUGGGCAUCAAUGAUGAGCAGGACACAGUUCCCCUGGAGGUCACAGGUGUGGUAUUUCACUACCGGGCCCCUCAUGACCGCUACGCUCUGUCCUUCACCGACGCCAAGAGGGUGUGCGUGGAGAACUCUGCAGUCAUUGCAACACCAGGCCAGUUGCAGGCUACCUUCGCGGAUGGCUACGACAACUGUGAUGCCGGUUGGCUGUCUGACCAGACUGUCCGGUAUCCCAUCCAGUCGCCUCGGCCAGGUUGCUAUGGCGACCGCGAGGACUCACCUGGAGUCCGUAACUACGGCAAUAGGGCCCCCGAUGAGCUGUUUGAUGUUUACUGCUUUGCUGAGCAGCUUCAAGGUGAGGUCUUCCACUCCACGAUACCUGAGAGGCUGAGCCUGGCCACGGCCUCCACACACUGCCACUCUCUGGGGGCCCAGCUGGCCACCGUCGGGCAGCUCUACCUCGCCUGGCAGGCUGGUGUGGACCAGUGUGACCCCGGCUGGCUGGCAGACGGCAGUGUCCGCUACCCCAUCAAUGUCCCACGGAAGAACUGCGGCGGGGACGAGCCUGGGGUGCGGACCGUCUACAAUAACCCCAACCGCACCGGUUUCCCUGACACCACAGCGCUGUUCGACGCCUACUGCUACCAAGCACACGAGCCUGCAGGCAUCCAAAAUGCGGAGGCGCAGGCUUUACACCAGCCCAUCAACACAGCAGCACAGGCCACCUCCACCGUCACUGAAGCCCAGCACACUUCCCCUUUCCCCAAGACUUCCACCUGGACCGGUCUGGUCGACCUGGACAAAGCAGGAGUGCGCUCUAUCGCUGGGAUCAACAACUCCUCUGAGAUAUCUGCGGAGCACGUCGUCAUCCACUUAAGGCCUGAGCUGGGUUGGAAAGACCAACAGGAUGGUACGAGAAACAGACAGGAGAAUGAUCCUCAGAGGAGAAGCAACAGCUUCGGACUUUCUGACCUUGAGAGCACAGAGAGUCAUGGAGGCUCUGCCCACGAGGAAGAAGACGGCAGCUUUUUUGGAUCUGACAACCCAAGAUUAUCCUCCACAGCCUCUUCAACUCCACAGCCUCAAACCACUAACAGUGUGCUGACUAAGUUUGUGAACACUCUUAUGAAACCCUUUAGGAACUGGACUGGAGGUGGGGAGGGUGAGGAGAGGGAGAAGGAGAAGGAACUUUCGGUGCCUGAGGAAAACGUAGGAGAAAACCAGACGCAGGGUGCCGCAUCCAGCAGAAACCUCAGUGUGCCCAAAGCAGUCAGAAACAAGGGCAACGUAGACAACGCCAUCAUGGAGCAGAGGAGCAGUGGUUUUUCCUUCAGGGCUCCUGCCAGUCGGCAGUCGAGUACAGCAGAAGGUCUGUCUGAGCAGGAGAGAGAAGUGAUGCCAAUGUUUCGAUUAGUACCUGCAUUCAAAAUGACAGAGCAAAGCGAGACCAGCACCCAGGCAGGAGAACGAGUCUCCAGCACAUCUGCAGACGCCCCUCUGUCCACCGCUAAUGAAUUCACCGCAUCAAGACCCAAUGAGGGAUCACCUCCCAGUGGACAUGUCAACAUAUCCGUCCCUCAGGGACCCAGAGGAGUUCCAGCUUUUGCUCCAGACCCCAGCAGCCACUUUCAGUGGGCCAUUGAGUCAAGGCGUGAUUCUAAAGCAGGACCCCAUGGAAAUGUGGCCUAUGUGGGUAAAAAUCCAACCUGGGGGCCCAUGGAAGCCAAAGCAGGGCCCCUUGAGGUUAUGACCCUUCCCACCUCCCUCCGACAGGACAACCAAGAAAAUUAUUCGGGCGAGGGGAGGGAUAAGGACGAAGAAGAAGCCACAGCUCCAUCAGCUGGUCGAACAGUGUCAGGGGAGGAGAAGGAGAUGGAGGGGAGCGGAGAGGGGAGCAGGUUUCCUGGUGGGUUUGGAGUGAAAGUCAACAAUAUGGGCACCGGUGGUGUCGAACCGAGCCUUGAAACAGAUUCCUCGCUAAGCCAGAGUGAGCCUGUGACUGUGUCUGAGCUCACCACCCUGUCCCAGUGGCAGCUAGUGGAUCAGCCCACCACCUCACCUCAUUCUCAGAAGACAGACACAGCAGAGGAGGCCAUAGGGGGGGUGUUCUACGUCCGCCGACCCACUGAAAACCUCUUCUCAGCCUCCUCACACAGAGGGAAAGAUACGUCAAACUCAGGAUUCACUCCUGUGUUUAGGAAGAAUAGCAAAGACACACGCAGAGAGGAGUUGGUGACUUCAACACCCGAGGCCCUGAUGGAGGUGCUGACAACCUCUGCGGUGACCACGCCGGAACUUCUGAUGACCAGACACACACAGAGGACAGAUCCUAUAAUCACAGACAAUCCCUCUCACAGCUCCCCAACAGAGGAGCCAUCCAUUUCUAUUUCAUGGGUUCAGGAGGACAAAACAAGUAAACCCAACAUUCAGGAAGAUCCAGCCACUCCAGCACCUAGUAUGGGAUCUCAAACGACUGCAGGAGUCCUUCAGUUGACCACUCUUGUAUCCGACUCCAAAGUUGGCGCCACAGAAAUGGAAUCCAGGUCUGCAGUGUCUGAAUCUUUCAUCGUGGGCAGUCGUUGGACACCUUUCAAAGGCGUGGGCCAAAAAUCAGAGGAACACAAGGCCAAGGAGACGACAGACAAGAAAGACAGAGGCAACCCUUUCGGCAUUCUCAUACCCAACUGGGCCUUUGGUCUCAUCCCGUCAGUGGAGAAUAACCCGUGCCAGACCAACCCUUGUCUCCAUGGAGGGAGCUGCCUGCAGGAAGGUGAUGGCUAUAGCUGCUACUGCCCUCAGGGCUUCUCUGGGGAGAGCUGCGAGAUAGACAUUGACGACUGCCAGUCUAAUCCAUGCCAGAAUGGAGGAACCUGCAUCGAUGAGAUCAACUCUUUUGUGUGUCUUUGUCUGCCCAGCUACGGAGGAGCUACUUGCGAGAAAGACACAGAGGGCUGCGAGCACACGUGGAGGAAGUUCCACGGCCACUGCUACAGGUACUUCAGCCGCAGACAUACCUGGGAGGAUGCCGAGAAGGACUGCAGGGAGCACAGCGGUCACCUGGCCAGCAUCCACAGCCUGGCCGAGCAGAACUUCAUCAGAGGUCUGAGCCACGACAACACCUGGAUCGGUUUAAACGAUCGAACAGUGGAGGACGACUUUCAGUGGACCGACAAGAUGGACCUGCAAUAUGAGAACUGGCGUGAAAACCAGCCAGACAACUUCUUCGCUGGAGGAGAGGACUGUGUGGUUAUGAUAUCUCAUGAGAAUGGCAAAUGGAACGACGUGCCCUGCAACUACAAUCUGCCCUACGUCUGCAAGAAGGGAACAGUGCUUUGCGGAGCCCCUCCCCCUGUGGAUAAUGCCUUCCUGAUUGGUCGGAAACGUUCCCACUAUGACAUCCACUCUGUUGUCCGCUACCAGUGCGCAGACGGCUUCCUGCAACGCCAUGUGCCCACUGCUAAGUGCCGCGCCAAUGGCAAGUGGGACCGACCCAAAAUCAUCUGCAUAAAAUCCCGGCGAGCCCACCGCUACCGGCGCCACCACCACAAGGGCAGGAGGGAGCGCAGGAAGCACAAGAGGCAUGGCCACAGAGAGGGGGGCCACCAUGGAGGGGAAGCGGGCCAGGGCCACAACCACGUCCACUUCUGAACCAAAACAUCCCCUUUUUCUCCUGCGCUGCCGACUUCAGUUUGCCUGACUCCCUCUCGUCCGCAUUUCACAACCUUUCAGCCCAAAACUCUCUACCCGAGCCCCCCCCUUAAACCCACCCUUCCUCCCUGCACUGCCCUGCCCUUAGGUCCGAGUCAGCCUGUAUCAUUGUCGAGUCUGAGGCCUGACUAAGCGCUGGCAGGCUUUACCAGGACUGAAAAACAACUCCCUUUAUACUCUUUUGACUUUCUUUUCCUCUCCUGUCCUAACCUGUCUGUCUCUUGACCCAGUUUCUCUCCCUUUCAAGCUCAACAAUGACCUGAAACAUGGGGCUAUGCUGACCUGUUUUUUGAAAUAAAAUUUAAAAAAAUACCUUUGAGAUCCACAGUGAACAAUCUUUAGAGAGAAGUGGUUUAGUACAACCUGUAAAUAGGGACAUCGCUGAAAAUGCCAUAUCAAAAUCAGACGAGUCAAGGAAGAUCUCAUGUUGUUGACUUGAGCCUUUUGUCUGUUGAACACAUUUCAUUUUUUACUGACUGUUUCAUUUCUUGACUCUGCUGCUUUUGGUUUGCUCUUUGUAAGACAUUGUAUUUGACUUUAACCAACAUGCAGUUCUCCUGCUACAGAUUUGAUUGAUUUUCUUUGAAUCAGAGGACCAGUUGUAAUUGAAUCAUUUGAUUGUUAGCGUUGUAUCUUGUUGUCGGUGUGAGACAGUUACUUUAGAUCAGAGGAGAAUGGAAAACGCAUCACAUCUCAAUUCAGUUUCACCACAUUACACAUCAGUCACUGUUCAGAUGUGUCGAACGAUCUCAGCUGUUGUCGUCGAAGGUUAAUCUGAGCGAUUGAUGUGAGUUUGUCUGAGCUCAGCUCAGUUUUCCCCAUAUUUACUUUGUCUUCUCUCGUCGUUUGUGAAGCUGCAGGAACAUGUGCUGUGAAUUAAUCAAGCUGAUGCAGCAGCAUCAAGUUCAUCUCAUUCAUCUGUUUCUCUUUUAUGUUGGAGUUUACCUUGUUUGGUCUGAUGAGAAGAAUAUAUGCGUCAGCCGUGUGUAUUGCAGAGAGAGGCUCCUCAUAGGUCAUGGGCGACUAAAGAUAUGACGAGCUCGAUAAGAGUCGAUUUAGGCUGCUCGAGAAGGAAUCACCCAUUGCAGACUUCAUUGCUCUGUGACUCUUUUGAGGGCCUCAUGUGAGGGAGGCUUCGAAAGGGUAUAGUAACACCACUGUAAUGCAAGUGGCCUUCAAAUGCAACCCCGGCCUGAAUUGAGACAGCAUUAGACUCUUCUGUCAGUCAGUUUGAGAAAUUUCUUGCAUUUUUUAACACUUAAACUGUCAUAAAUAGUUUUAUUCACAUAUUUAAAUAUAAUGUUCACCUUAUAAAGUUGUUAACUAUUGACUAAUUACAUA